GGGCUGGGGGGUGCAGGAUGGCGGGUGCUGCGGUGGGCACAGGGUGCGGGGUACUUGGGCUGCUGCAGGUUUCUGGAGCCCCCUCGAGGGUAAAACCCACCCCUGUGGGCUGCCCACGUAAACCAGUCGUGCUGGAGGCACAGUAUGAGCUGCUGAAUGGGCCUGGGAGCCCCUUGGCUCUUUUCUUUUAGGGAGUUCAGCAUUAAUUGUGGAGGGAUGAGGGGGAAAGAAGCUUUUGUACCAUUAGUAACAACCCAGGAGAAAAACAAGUUAGCAAAGCUUCCAGCCUCUUGGAAAUGCUCAGUUUCUGAGCUCUUGUCUCAGGUCUGCAAAAACAAGAUCCAAGAGGACUGUGGAUACCAGCAGGAGGGUGUUGUCUGCAUUUCUCAGUCCAUCAGUGUUACAAACAAGCCUUAUUUAAACUCUUAAGUGCUUUUUUUUUUUUUGAGAUAGGUAAUGUGAGGGACUGCACAGGUGCACUGCUGGCUACAGAGUUAUGUACCCUGAAUCUUUAAGUUGUUCAGAACAAUCUUGGUUGUUCUGAAUCAACUGUCACUCACAUGAUAGAAUCCUGAAAAAGUACUAUGAAGCUUUCCAGGUUUCAGUCUGCGUCAAAGCUGUUGUAACCAGUGUGGUGUCUCAUGUACACAAGCAAGCGUUGUGUUCAGCAGCAGCCUCUUUGGAGGCAAUUUCUCCCCUGACAUGGAGCUUUUUAGCUCCAGAGAUCUGCCUGUGUCAGGUCUGUGUAAAACUAAGGCCAGUAUGAUACAGCAAAUGUUCUACAAGGAGUUUUUACUUUCAGGUACUUGCACAGCAUGAAAGUAUUUUCUGCCUUUCCUUAGAACAGAACCUGUCUGAGAAAAACCCAGAGUUCCCAUGUGACAGCGUAAAACAUUAGCUUGGAUACGGAGAUGAAACUUGGCUUAUGCGCCUCUGAGGAGAUUUAGAUGUCUCAAUGGAUACGUGGAGCUUCUACACUUCCCUGGUGUCCUUAUGGCUGCACAGAUUUUACAUUUAUUCUGUUGUUGCUGUUGGGAUCAGCAUUUGGAUCAUUGUUCAGUUCCUCACCACCAAAACCAGAAGGAAGGGUGAAAAAUCCAAUGGGAAUCCACCUUCUUCUGAAGGAACAGAAGACAAACUAGUAAAUGGAUCAGCCACCCUGGAGGCAAAGGAGCUCUGUGUUGCCGGGGUAAAGAUUUUCUAUGGGUCUCAAACUGGCACAGCAAAGAGGUUUGCCAAAGGUCUGGCUGAAGCUGUUAUUUCACUUUGUUUGCCUGUGGAAGUCAUCAGCAUGGGAGAUUAUGAUCCAGAUGAUUGUUUAGCAGAGGAGACAACCAGCAGGAAUGUUUGUGUGUUCCUGGUAGCUACAUACACAGAUGGGCAGCCAACCGAGAGCGCAGCGUGGUUCUGCAAGUGGUUACAAGAGGCAGCGCAUGACUUUCGCUUUGGGAAAACGCAUCUGAAAGGCCUGAGAUACGCUGUGUUUGGCUUGGGAAACUCAGUUUAUGUUGAUCAUUACAACACUGUUGGAAGAAACAUUGACAGGUGGCUGUGGAUGCUCGGUGCCAGCCGCAUCAUGACUCGUGUCGAGGGCGACUGCAACGUGGCCCAGAGCAAGCAUGGCAGCAUCGAGGCCGACUUUGAAGCCUGGAAAACCAAGUUCCUCAACCGGCUGCAGGCGCUCUGCAGAGGGGAAAAGAAACCCUGCAGCGGGAAAUGCAAGAAAGGGAAGUGCAAAUCUCCAGGGAAGCAGAGCAAGGAGAGCUCAGAUCCUGAACAUGGAGCGUCAGAAUACGAGAAUACUGAGGCAGAGGAGUUGUUUGAAACCAGUAGUGAGGAGGAAGCUGAUGCUGAGGAAGCUGGAGGCACAAAUUCCGUCAUCGAUGUUGAAGAUCUCGGCAAUAUUAUGAGCCACAUGAAGAAAGCAAAGAGAGAUCGUGAGCUUGAGGAUGGAGAGGUUGGAAAGAAUUUGGCUCAAGAGAACAGCGGGAGGAAGGAGGAGAGUGAGAGGAGAGAGAUGAUAACCCCGGCUCUGAGAGAGGCGCUCACAAAACAAGGUUACAAGCUGAUUGGAAGCCACUCUGGGGUGAAGCUCUGCCGAUGGACAAAGUCGAUGCUUCGAGGCCGAGGCGGCUGCUACAAACACACGUUUUACGGAAUCGAGAGCCACCGCUGCAUGGAGGCCACGCCGAGCCUGGCUUGUGCAAACAAAUGCGUCUUUUGCUGGAGACAUCACACAAACCCAGUGGGCACAGAGUGGCGAUGGAAGAUGGACCAACCUGAAAUGAUCUUGCAGGAGGCUCUUGAGAACCAUCGCAAUAUGAUCAAGCAGUUCAAAGGCGUGUCAGGAGUGAGAGCAGAUCGCUUGGCGGAAGCAAUGACGGCAAAGCACUGCGCACUCUCGCUGGUGGGAGAGCCCAUCAUGUACCCAGAGAUCAACCGGUUCGUGAAGCUCCUGCACCAGCACGGCAUCUCCAGUUUCCUGGUUACCAAUGCGCAGUUCCCAGAUGAGAUUAGGAACCUGGAGCCGGUAACGCAGCUGUACGUCAGUGUGGACGCCAGCACCAAAGAGAGCCUGAAGAGGAUCGACCGGCCCCUCUUCAGGGAUUUCUGGCAGCGCUUUCUGGACAGUUUAAAGGCCCUGUCUGAGAAGCAACAGCGCACUGUUUAUAGGCUGACGCUGGUGAAAGCCUGGAACGUGGAUGAACUCAAAGCCUACGCUGACCUGAUAUCCCUCGGUAAACCCGACUUCAUCGAGGUCAAGGGUGUGACAUACUGCGGCGAAAGCUCGGCCAGCAACCUCACCAUGGCCAACGUCCCCUGGCACGAGGAGGUCGUGCGCUUCGUCCAGGACCUGGCUGACCUCGUCCCUGACUACGAGAUCGCCUGCGAGCACCAACACUCCAACUGUCUCCUGAUAGCCCACAAAAAGUUCAAGGUCGAUGGCGACUGGUUCACCUGGAUUGACUACGGGCGCUUCCAGGAGCUGGUGCGAGAGCACGAGAGGAGCGGCGGGGCCGAGACCUUCACAGCGGCCGAUUACGCGGCCAGAACGCCUGAGUGGGCGCUGUUCGGGUCCAGGGAAAGGGGCUUCGAUCCCCUGGACGUGAGGUACCAGCGGAAGAACAAAGCGAGAGACAUCUCGGGGUGCUGAGGGCAGCUGGGGCUCCUGGCUGCCCGAUCAGGUUUGGGCUCCAUUUCUAGGCUAAAACCAUUUUUUUUUUUAAUAUAGAUCACUUAGAUUUUUCUGACGUUUGAUGUUGAGAAGGAGGGCGAAGCCUUUAUUUAACCUUUCCUUCCUGUUCUUAGGGCUUUUUGGAUGAAAAUAUUUAUAAUGAUCUUUAUUGCAAGGUAACUCCCAAAUGGUGCACACCAGUGAUUUAUCGUAAUUAGCACUGUGAUGAGGGAGGCAGCGGCUGUGGUGGCCACAGUGGAGAGGAUUUGGGGUUGGAUGUGGAGGGGGGAGCGCUCGUUUGACGUUGGUCUCCAGCACGUGCUGGUGCCCAGAAACAUUGGGCAUCCAUGAGAACAAGCGCCGAGGGGAUUUCAACACCACAGAGACACACAGGCGGGUCUGGAUGUAAAAGCCCGAGCCCUGCUGGAACUAUCAUACUGACAAUAACAAAGAUUUAUAUAUUUUAAACAUCGGUGCUAAUUGCCGUGAAGACCCUGUCCCACCCCCAAGAAGCUGCAGCUUGGACCUGGUGUGAGCAGCAGCAUCCCUUUAAUAGCAUCUCCAACUUCUGAUAUCUCCCCAAAUAUUUUCCAACUUUGUGGGUUUGGCAAUGAAUAUUUUCCGAGUAGUUUUUAUUGCGCUCCCCCAGCGGCUCUGAAUAACUCAUAGAGUUCUUCAAACCCCCAUUGGGUGGUGAGGACGCGGUUUGGGGAGCCCGCAGGGUGAGACACCAGCGCACGUCUCCGUUGCUCCAUGCAGAUGCAUCGGCAGCGUCGCUGCUGGUUUGGGUGGAGGGGGUAGCCUGAUGUAAGCAAAGUUGAAUCUGGUUGAGGUCUUUUAUGUCCGAAAAACAACUAUUUUAAUCUGGAGAGGUGAUGUCUAGGUGUGAGCUCCAGCUGCUGAAUGGCUGAACGAGGGUACAGCGCUCCCUCCCGUGACCGUGUUCCCCCCUCCGGCAGCUCCCUGGACGUGUGUCUUUCAGCCUUUUGGGGUGACGGGCUGUGCUGUGGGAGGACAGCGGGGCUCCCCGUGACCUUCACAGUGGCUUGUUCUGCUCCAGCUGAAGCCCUUGGGCCAAGGAGCCAUAUAGAACCAGCUGUGGAAAGAGCUGAAUUUAGCCCCAGAGGUUUCGGCUGCUGGGGGAAGAAAACGCGAUUGUGCUCAAGCGGUUUUGUGUUUGUUAAACUCCUGGAGCAGAGUUCAGAACCUUCACGACGUUCCCACCUCAAUUGUGAGUCCGUAAACCUGCGAUUCCCAGUGCCUGCGGUGCUGCGAGUGGGGAGUAUUCCUGAGAUCGUGGCUUUAUUUCUUUUUGAACAGAACCUUGUUUCUUAAACUGUAAAAAGUGUUUCUAAAGAAGAAAGAAAAUAAAGUGAUUUUUCCCUAGA